GGCCAAUAAAACGUUAUAUUCUCUCUCUCUCUCUCUCUCUCACGAUCAUCCUUUGUUCUUCUUCCUCUUCACUCCUCCCUCUUUCUUCUAUAUAAUAAUAUUACAGUGUCACAAAAUACACAUAGAGAGGAAAGAAAAAUAGAACAGGAAAUCCUUGGACACACAAAUCACUUUAAGGAAACAAAUAUGGGACUGGGAGGGUGUCACAUGGGUUUGCUCUUCUUUUCUUCUCUGCUUUUUCUUCUCUUGCCUUCUACUGGGUCACUCAGAAAAAACUUACCCAUCAUACCCUUUGAAGAAGGAUACACACCCUUGUUUGGGGACAGUAAUUUGCUCAUUCAUAAGGAUGGAAAAUCCGUUCAUCUUUCACUCGAUGAAAGAACAGGUUCUGGAUUUGUGUCUCAUGAUCUUUACCUUCACGGCUAUUUCAGCGCUUCCAUUAAGUUGCCUGCUGAUUACACUGCUGGUGUUGUGGUUGCGUUUUAUAUGUCCAAUGGUGACAUGUUCCAGAAAAAUCAUGAUGAAAUAGACUUUGAAUUUUUGGGAAACAUUAGAGGCAAAGAUUGGAGGAUUCAGACUAAUGUUUAUGGUAAUGGAAGUACCAGCAUUGGUAGAGAGGAAAGAUAUGGUCUCUGGUUUGAUCCUACUGAUGAUUUCCAUCAAUACAGUAUUCUAUGGACAGAUUCUAAGAUCAUAUUUUAUGUGGAUGAUGUUCCUAUUAGAGAAGUGAAGAGAACAGAAUCUAUGGGAGGAGAUUUCCCCUCAAAGCCAAUGACUUUGUAUGCCACCAUAUGGGAUGCAUCUGAUUGGGCGACCAAUGGAGGCAAAUACAGAGUAAAUUACAAGUAUGCACCCUAUGUUGCUGAGUUCUCUGACCUUGUCCUGCAUGGUUGUGCAGUUGAUCCUAUUGAGCAUGUGGCCAAAUGUGACACUGCUCAAGGUUCUGAAGCAGUUCCUUCUGGUGUCACACCAGUACAAAGAACUAAAAUGGACAACUUCAGGUUGAAGCACAUGACAUACUCUUACUGCUAUGAUACAGUGAGAUACAAAGUCCCUCCACCAGAGUGUGUGAUCAAUGGCCAAGAAGCUGAAAGGCUGAGAAAGUUUGAUCCCGUGACGUUCGGUAAUGGCCGGCGCCACCAUGUAAAGCGGCACCGCCGCAGUAAAGUAAGCCAGGAAGAGGCUGCUUCAUUUUAAUAUAUGUAGUUCCAUAUGAAGAUUUUGUCAUAAAAGAAAUGUUUUAAUCUUUGAUCCUGUUUGAUUUACCUGGGUUAACAAUAUAUAUCUUUUUUCCUUUCAUUUUGGUGUAUAGAGAGAGAGAGAGAGAGAGGUUUGGACAUACAAGUCCUUAAUAUGAUAGUUUAUGAUAUAUGGUUCUUGCUGGUGGUCUUUUGUAUAGUCCCUCAUCCCUUCAGGUUCCCAGGUAUUUCCUCAUUGAUGUCUUAUGCAAAUUGAAUCUCUUGAUGAUGAUGAUUUAUGUAUUUAGAAACACCUCAGGGUUUCAAUAAACUAAGUUUUGGAUGAGGAUGGGUUAUUUAAUGAAUGUUAGGUGAAUUAUUUUUAUG